AUGAGCGGAAAAGGUGCCAACAAGAACGCCCCUGCAUCAAAAGGUACAAGAAUCGCCAUUGUCAGUACUGACAAGUGCAAGCCGAAAAAGUGCAAGCAAGAGUGUCGCAAGUCCUGUCCUGUGGUGAAGACGGGUAAAUUAUGUAUUGAAGUCACUCCCGCAUCCAAGAUUGCCUUCAUUUCUGAGACUUUGUGUGUUGGAUGUGGUAUUUGUGUCAAGAAAUGUCCAUUUGAUGCCAUUAACAUUAUCAACUUACCAACAAACUUGGAAGCUGAAACCACUCACAGAUACUCUGCCAACUCUUUCAAGUUGCACAGAUUGCCAACACCAAGACCAGGCCAAGUUUUAGGUUUGGUUGGAACUAACGGUAUUGGUAAGUCGACCGCUUUGAAGAUCUUGGCUGGUAAACAAAAGCCAAACUUGGGAAGAUACGACGAUCCACCUGACUGGGAAGAUAUCUUGAAGUAUUUCAGAGGUUCUGAGUUGCAAAACUACUUCACAAAAGUUUUGGAGGACAACAUCAAAGCCAUCAUUAAGCCUCAAUAUGUUGACAACAUCCCAAGAGCAUUGGCAAAGUCCCCUGUGAAGGAUGUUAGCGGCAUCUUGAAGGCAAAGUUGCAAAGGGAAGAAGACUGGCCCUAUGUGAAGAGACUUUUGGAACUUGAACCUAUUAUUGACAGAGACAUUGCCAACUUGUCCGGUGGUGAGUUGCAGAGAUUUGCUUUAGCCUUGACUUGUGUCCAAAAGGCCAAUGUGUACAUGUUUGACGAGCCAUCUUCUUACUUGGAUGUUAAACAGAGAUUGAGAGCUGCCGAAAUGAUCAGAUCCUUAUUGGACCAGACCACCUACGUUAUCUGUGUUGAGCACGAUUUGUCUGUUUUGGAUUACUUGUCAGACUUCGUUUGUAUUUUGUACGGUGCUCCAUCUGUGUACGGUGUUGUGACUUUACCAUCUUCUGUGAGAGAAGGUAUCAACAUCUUUUUGGACGGUUUCAUUCCAACAGAAAACAUGAGAUUCAGAGACGAGUCCUUGCAGUUCAGAUUGGCUGAUGCUGCUGACGGUUUGGUGUUAGAUCACUCUAGCUCUCUUGAAUAUCCCGACUUGGAGAAGACUCAAGGUGAUUUCCACUUGAAGGUUGAGAAAGGUGAAUUCACCAACUCUGAGAUUUUGGUCAUGUUUGGUGAGAACGGUACUGGUAAGACCACUUUCUGUAAGAUCUUGGCUGGAGCAUUGGAACCAGACAACAACAAGUCUAGUCUUCCAAAGAUGAACAUUUCCAUGAAACCACAAAAGAUUGCACCAAAAUUCCCUGGUACUGUUAGACAAUUGUUUUUCAAGAAGAUCAGAGCCGCCUUCUUGAACCCGCAAUUUCAGACCGAUGUGGUUAAGCCAUUGAAGAUUGACAACAUUAUUGAUCAAGAAGUCCAGGUUUUGUCCGGUGGUGAAUUGCAGAGAGUUGCCCUUGUGUUGGCCUUGGGUAUCCCAGCCGACAUUUACUUAAUCGAUGAGCCUUCUGCAUAUUUGGAUUCCGAACAACGUGUGGUCUGUUCGAAGGUAAUCAGAAGAUUCAUUUUGCACUCGAAGAAGACUGCGUUUAUCGUUGAGCACGAUUUCAUGAUGGCCACAUACUUGGCUGACAGAGUGAUUGUGUUUGAGGGUACUCCAUCCAAGGACGCCUUGGCCAAGGCUCCAGAAUCUUUGUUGACCGGUUGUAACAGAUUUUUGAAGAACUUGAACGUAACCUUCAGAAGAGAUCCAAACUCGUUCAGACCAAGAAUCAACAAGAAGGACUCGCAGAUGGACAAGGAGCAGAAGUCUGCUGGAAAUUACUUCUUCUUGGACUCUUCCGAAUUAUAA